GGCGCUUCAAAUACACUGUAAAAGAUGCAUAAGGGAGCGAUGCUGAUGCUGGUGAUGCGAGAAUAAUUUCAGGCAAGCUUCGAACGGACCGAGAUGGUGAUGAUGGACUUCAUUUUUAGGUUAAAAUAAGCAAACGCAAAAUCAAUUUAACUGCCCACCGUAGACGCGGUUAUUUGCUCAAAUUGCAACAUAAUAGAGAAAUAGGUGAGAGUGAGACCCUGGAUCGGAUCUAUCCUACGAUCGCUGGAGGGCUGGAUGAGAAAAUUGCUGUUUUCCAUUUCGCAGAAAUCUUCCCUCCAACUGUCAACUACCCACUGGGCACAGCACUCUAGAGAUGCUCAAUAUGGAGAGAACUGCCAUUUCCACUUCACUGCUCACAGUCUGUUUUGUGUUGGCUGCGUUUCGCUGUUCCCUUGCGAUUCCCUUCUGCCCUGCCCAAUGUGUCUGCGAGACCCGCCCAUGGUACACGCCUCAGUCAGUCUACCAUCAAGCCAAGACUGUUGACUGCAACGAACUCCAUUUGAGCAGAAUCCCAUGGAAUAUUUCAAUUGAUACUCAGGUGCUGCUUCUUCAGAGCAACAAUAUCUCCAGGGUAACCUCUGAACUCCAGAGCUUGGUCAACCUCACGGAACUGGAUCUCUCCCAGAACCACUUCACACAAAUCCAAGACGUUGGCUUAAGUAACCUAACCCAACUGGUCACACUCUACCUUGAGGAAAACCAAAUUAAAGAGCUGCCUGAUAUGUGUAUAAAGGAUCUAGUCAGCUUAGAGGAGCUUUAUAUUAAUCAUAAUCAGAUCUCUUCUAUUGGUCCUAAUGCCUUUUCAGGCUUGGGGAACCUGUUGAGGCUUCACCUUAACUCCAACAAGCUUGUGGCGAUAGACAGCCAUUGGUUUGAGUUCCUACCCAACCUUGAGAUCUUAAUGAUUGGGGAAAACCCAAUUCUUGGGCUGCAAGAUAUGAACUUCCACCCCCUCUCCAAGUUGCACAGUCUGGUUCUCGCGGGAAUGGGGCUCAGGGAAAUACCUGAGGGUGCUUUCCAGGGAUUAGAGUAUCUCGAGAGUCUCUCGUUCUUCGAUAACAAGCUCACGGCUGUGCCAAAGAAAGCCCUGCGUGUUCUACCGAGCCUCAAGUUUCUUGACCUUAACAAGAAUCCUAUCGUCCGUAUACAGGAAGGUGACUUCAGAGACUUUCCCCACUUAGAGGAACUCAGUUUGAACAACAUGGAAGAACUUGUGGCGGUCGAGAGGGGCGCGUUCUCAAACUUACCACAAAUGGCCAAAUUGGAGCUCUACAACAACCCUCACCUGUUCUUUAUAGAUCGAGCCGCUUUCCUAAAAAUGCGCGUCUUGCGCACCUUACUGAUCCACAAUAAUGACCUCACACUUUUUCCCCACGAGAUUUUAUCCGCUUUCCCCAGUCUGGAUGAAAUCAGUCUUCAUAGCAACCCACUCAGGUGUGAUUGUCUCGCCAAUUGGGGGCCCAUCCUGGGCAACCAAUCGAGCCUCAAAGUUCUGGAGCCCCAAAUAACUCUUUGUGCAUCCCCACCACAUCUUGUUGGCCAAUCCCUUCAGGAAGUGGUGUCUGCAAGUUGGAAUGGGGUAAGCAAUACCUGCCUGCCUCUAAUUUCCCAGCAUGCCUUCCCUCCGCUGCUCAAUGUCACCUUAGGACAGCUUCUAACGCUCAACUGCUGGGCCGUGGCAGAUCCAGCGCCUCAGUUUUACUGGGUGACACCCACCGGUGACAAAGUCACUUCUGAAGCUGUUUCCCCAUCCUCAAAUGAAGGAGGAGGAAUGACGAAGAAGAAGCACCGGAUGCAAGAACAAGGAGCUCUAGAGAUCCCACAUGUCGAACCCGAGGAUUCUGGUCUCUAUACAUGUGUUGCGUGGAAUGCAGAGGGAGCCGACACCAGAAGUGUCUCUGUGUACGUGGAUAGGAGCAACUGGCAUGGUGGACGCUCUAUUGGAGGUCAUCAUGGGGUGUUGAAUACCACCGGAUCCUUGGUAAUCCUGGCAAAAAUUGUCCAUGCCCAGUCUGUGGUGCUCGAAUGGAAGGUGCACCCAUUUGCCGUCUCUUCCAACCAUGAGGUGGCACAACCCAAGUGGCUCAGCGCUACCGUAAAGAUUGACAACCCGCAGAUAAGCUACACUGCAAUGGUCCCCGUAGAUGUCCAAGAGUACAACCUCACACACCUCCUACCUUCCACUGAGUACCGGGUUUGCCUGACCAUGGCAGGCACCGAGCAGACCCAGCACUCUUGUGUCAACGUGACCACUAAAGAAGCCAGCUUUGCUGUGGAGAUGGUUGCCCAGCCGGCCAAUGUAGCCCUGGCAGCCGUCAUGGGCUCAAUGUUCGCCAUCUGCAUCAUGGCUCUGUUGGUGUUCUAUAUGGGACGGCGCAUGAAGCAGAAAUCUUGUCAUCACUCUCUUAAGAAAUAUAUGCAGCACACCACCUCCAUUCCCCUGAACGAACUCUACCCACCGCUUAUUAACCUCUGGGAGAAUGAGACGGAAAAAGAGAAAGAGGGUGCUGCUGACCCUCAAAACUCACAGAUAGACACUUCAAAAACAUACAUGUGGUAGCUGCACAACAGAAAGUAGAUAACAGAGACAU